AUUUCAACUUCUUCUUCAUCUAUAUUCUUGUACAAUUUAAUUUGGAAGCUAUAAAGUUUUAAUAUUUCAACUUCUUCUUCAUCUAUAUUCUUGUACAAUUUAAUUUGGAAGCUAUAUAGAGUUAUAUUGAUACACACACAAAUUAUAUAGAUAUGGUCAUGGACAAGGUGACUCAAUACAUACGUGUGUUCAACCACUUUGAUGAAAAUGGAGAUGGAAAAAUAUCAUCAUCGGAGCUGCGGCAAUGUGUUGAGGCAAUCGGGGCAAAGAUGUCAAACGAGGAGGCGGAAAUGGCGGUUGAGCUUCUCGACUCGGACGGGGAUGGGUUGAUUGGGUUGGAUGAUUUUGUGAAGUUUGUAGAGGGAGGGAAAGAGGAAGAGAAAGUAAAUGACCUAAGAGAGGCUUUUAAGAUGUAUGAAAUGGAAGGAUGUGGUUGCAUCACACCAAAGAGUCUAAAGAGAAUGCUUGGAAGAUUGGGUGAGUGUAGAAGUGUAGAUGAAUGUCAAGCUAUGAUUUCUCAAUUUGAUAUUGAUGGAGAUGGGGUCCUUAGUUUUGAUGAAUUUAGGACAAUGAUGCUUUAACAUAGAAAUACUUCAAAUUUCAAGUCCUUCCUUUACUAUAGUUUUGAAGAAACAAAAUUAGAGAUCAGAGAAGGAUUUCAUGUUUUUCCUCUCUAAAUUUUGUCAGUGAUUUACGGUUUUUUAGUUGGUUAUGUUUAUCCAUGUGUUAAGUGUAACAUGUAAUGUGAAAAGCUCCAGUCACAUGAGCAGGAGAUUGACCUCAUUAAACAUAGCCAAUUUUAGCUUAUAAAUUGAUUUUGACUUUUGAGGAA